GAAAUUAAUUUUGCCAUUUGUCAAUUGAUAUUUUAAGCUCGCGCCGAUUAAUUGUAGCGCAGUUCGAAACUAUCGAUACAUUUAAAGCGCCAAUCAAAUAUCGACACAUUCUAUCAGCUGAUGCGAAAAGUGUUGGAUAACUCGUGAAAAUUAUUGUGUAUUGCAUCUAUCUUUUUCUAUGCGAACUUAAAAAUAAUAACUAUAGCCCCGAAUUCUUUAAGAUUUGCUGGCAGUUAGCGGGGAUUUCGGCUGCAGCCGGCUGCGAGAUUUGGCUAGUAAAGAGCCGUAGGAUCCUAGGCGACUGGCCGGCAAUGUGGUGGGCAAGAUGUCCCGGCUCGCUGAUUACUUCGUAAUAGUCGGCUACGACAGCGAUAAGGAGAAAACUGCCAGCAAUGUAGGCGGACAGCCGACAUGCGGCAAGAUCGUUCAGCGCUUUCCCGAGAAAGAUUGGCCGGACACUCCGUUUAUCGAGGGCAUUGAAUGGUUCUGCCAGCCGCUCGGCUGGAGUUUAUCGUACGAGAAGCAAGAGCCCAAGUUCUUCGUCUCUGUACUGACCGACAUCGAUGCGAACAAGCACUACUGCGCCUGCCUCAGCUUCCAUGAGACGGUGGCCAUCAAGCAGACGCGCAGCGUCGACGACGAGGAUGAGACCAUCGGGAGCAGCAGGCUGCUGGGAGCCACACCCUCCUCGACGGAUGGCAUCACGGCCACAUCCACACCGGCUUCCAUUACGCACCACAGCGUCAUGUAUGCACCAAAGUGUCUGGUGCUCAUAUCGCGUUUGGACUGUGCCGAGACCUUUAAAAAUUGUCUCGGCACCAUCUACACGGUGUAUAUUGAGAACCUGGCGUAUGGGUUGGAGACACUCAUAGGAAACAUUCUGGGCUGCAUCCAAGUUCCUCCAGCGGGUGGACCGCAGGUGCGCUUCUCCAUAGGAGCAGGAGACAAGCAGUCGCUCCAGCCACCGCAGAGCUCCUCCCUGCCCACAACCGGAAGUGGAGUCCACUUCCUCUUUAAGCAACUGGGCAUCAAGAAUGUGCUGAUACUGCUUUGCGCCGUGAUGACAGAGAAUAAGAUACUGUUUCUUUCUAAGUGCUAUUGGCACCUGACGGACAGCUGCAGAGCUUUGGUGGCAUUGAUGUAUCCCUUUCGGUAUACUCAUGUUUAUAUACCAAUUCUGCCGGCGCCACUCACGGAAGUGCUGUCCACACCCACGCCAUUUAUUAUGGGCAUACAUAGCUCACUGCAAACUGAGAUUACGGAUCUACUGGAUGUUAUUGUGGUGGAUUUGGAUGGCGGCCUCGUUACCAUUCCCGAAUCGCUGACGCCGCCUGUUCCUAUUCUUCCGUCACCGCUGUGGGAACAGACCCAGGACUUGCUCAGCAUGAUCCUGUUUCCAAACCUGGCGCAGGCCGAUCUGGCGUUUCCAACACUAGAGCGGCCUUCAGCUAUUGCCAAGACUGACGCCCAGAUUGAUAAGGAACUUCGCGCCAUAUUCAUGCGCCUUUUCGCUCAGCUGCUGCAGGGAUAUCGCUCCUGCCUGACUAUCAUUCGGAUCCACCCAAAGCCGGUGAUCACCUUCCACAAGGCAGGAUUUCUCGGCGCCCGCGAUAUGAUAGAGAGCGAAUUCCUGUUUAGGGUCCUGGACAGCAUGUUUUUCACGACGUUUGUCAACGAACGAGGCCCUCCCUGGCGAUCCUCCGAUGCCUGGGAUGAGCUCUACAGCUCAAUGAACGAACUGCUGAAAUCGGAGGCGCAGAAUCGAAAUCUCGUAAGUAGAACUCAAAGAUUCAAUGGAUAUAUUAAUAUUAACUUUUUAUCUACCUAUCAGAUACUCACACAUAUCCAGGAAUUGGGACGAGUGCUAUAUGAAAAUGAGGGCACUCUGGCUCACAUCAACUAUGCCCAAAAGGUACUGCGUCCGCCGGAGGGCGCAUUCCAGCGUAUUCAUCAACCAGCCUUUCCGCGCAUAAGUUCGGAAAAGGUCGAGCUUAUCAUACAGGAAGGAAUACGCAAGAACGGAGUGCCACAACGCUUUCAUGUAACACGCAAUCAGCACCGUAUCAUUCCGAUGGGACCCAGGUUACCCGAGGCAUUAGAUGUGCGUCCCAAUGUCCAAAAUUCGGCUCGGCGACUGGAGGUGCUGCGGAUCUGUGUGUCAUACAUCUUUGAGAAUCGGAUUACAGAUGCCCGAAAACUGCUGCCGGCUGUGAUGCGCACUCUGAUGCACCGGGAUGCGCGCUUGAUCUUGUGCCGCGAGUUCUUUGGAUAUGUGCACGGCAAUAAGGCAGUGCUGGACCAUCAACAGUUUGAGUUAGUUGUGCGAUUCAUGAACAAGGCGCUGCAAAAAUCAUCCGGGAUUGAUGAGUACACAGUGGCUGCGGCUCUGCUGCCCAUGUCCACAAUCUUCUGCCGUAAGCUCUCGACUGGAGUAGUACAAUUUGCGUACACAGAAAUACAGGAUCACGCCAUCUGGAAGAAUUUGCAGUUUUGGGAGUCUACGUUUUUCCAGGAUGUCCAAGGUCAAAUAAAGGCAUUGUAUCUGCUUCACAGACGUCAGAACGAGCAUCAAAAGGAGGCAAACUGUGUGCUGGACGAAGUUCCUCUAGAGGAGCCCACAGCGCUUGAAAUUACAGCCGAGCAGUUGCGCAAAAGUCCAAGCAUUGAGGAGGAGAAAAAAGCCGAGCUAGCCAAGUCGGAGGAGUCUACGUUGUACAGCCAGGCGAUUCACUUUGCCAACCGUAUGGUUUCCCUGCUGAUUCCACUGGAUGUAAAUGUGGAUGCAGCCAGUAAGCCGAAACCUGCGUUUCGUCUAGAGGAAAAUCAGAGUGUUUCCAAUAGUAUUAUGGGCUCACACAGCCUAAGCGAACAUUCCGACGAAGGAUUCGAGGAGAACAAUGCUUUGGAAAUAGGUGUCACGGUUGGGAAAACCAUUUCACGCUUCAUUGACUGCGUUUGUACCGAAGGUGGAGUGACCUCCGAGCAUAUACGCAAUUUGCAUGACAUGGUACCGGGUGUUGUGCAUAUGCACAUCGAGUCCCUGGAACCGGUUUAUCUGGAGGCUAAGCGUCAUCCGCACGUGCAGAAGCCCAAAAUUCAAACGCCAUGCCUCCUGCCAGGAGAGGACCUGGUGACCGACCACCUGCGUUGCUUCCUUAUGCCGGAUGGACGCGAAGAUGAAACCCAGUGCCUGAUACCCGCCGAGGGAGCUCUUUUCCUCACCAACUACCGUGUGAUUUUCAAGGGUUCACCUUGCGAUCCCUUCUUCUGUGAGCAGGUGAUUGUUCGCACUUUUCCGAUUGCCUCCCUGCUAAAGGAGAAAAAGAUAUCCGUGUUGUACCUGGCUCAUCUGGAUCAAACGCUGACAGAAGGACUGCAGCUGCGUUCCAGCAGCUUUCAACUGAUCAAGGUCGCUUUUGAUCCGGAAGUAACUCCCGAGCAGAUUGAGAGCUUUAGAAAGAUAUUGAGCAAAGCGCGGCAUCCGUUUGAUGAGUUUGAGUACUUCGCGUUUCAAUCAUACGGCACUAUGCUCCAGGGCGUGGCUCCGUUGAAAACGAAGGAGAAAUAUUCGACCUUAAAGGGAUUUGCCAAAAAAACGCUGCUCCGCGGGGCCAAAAAGGCUGGAUUCAAGCAAAAGCAGCAGACCAAGCGCAAAUUGGUUUCUGAUUAUGAUUACGGAAGUGCAGAUGCGCAGGAAACACAGUCCAUCGACGAUGAGCUGGAAGAUGGAGAUGAGUUUGAAACCCAAAACAAUGCCAUGCCCAGAUUGCUAACCACAAAAGAUGUCGAACGUAUGCGGGAGAGGAGCUAUGUGCAGGAUUGGAAGCGGCUCGGGUUCGAUGCGGAAUCACAGCGUGGUUUCCGUAUAAGCAAUGCCAAUACCAGCUACGCCACCUGCCGCUCCUAUCCGGCUAUAAUUGUGGCCCCUGUGCAGUGCAGUGACGCGGCAAUAAUGCAUUUGGGUCGGUGCUUUAAGGGCCAGCGCAUUCCACUGCCCACAUGGCGGCAUGCGAACGGAGCGCUGCUCAUUCGAGGCGGUCAACCCAAUAGCAAAUCGGUCAUUGGAAUGCUAAAAAAUACCACGGGGAGCGCAGCGAACGCCCAUCACGAUGUAACGCAUUAUCCCGAGCAAGAUAAAUACUUCCUAGCUCUGAUCAACACGAUGCCUAAGCUAACGCCCCUGGCUCUCAAUCAGUAUUCGGGCAUGAAUCUCUCGAUGAGCUCGUUGAUGGGCCACAGCUCCUCCGACGAUCGACAGCCUCUUACUCCGGAAUUGUCGCGCAAACAUAAGAACAACCUGGAUAUUAGCGAUGGCAAGUCCAGUCAAGGAGGAAAAGGCGGAACAAUGAAGGGAAAUCCUAAAAACUCAUCGGCACAUCCCUUCCGCAAAAUGCGGCUUUACGCAUUGGGAGAGAAAUCCCAAGCCAAGUCCAACAUGAAUGUUGACUUUUGCGCGGACUUCAUUCCCGUGGACUAUCCCGACAUCAGGCAAUCGAGACCGGCCUUCAAAAAGCUGAUACGCGCCUGCAUGCCAUCGCAUAAUACCAACGAGGCCGAUGGACAGAGCUUUGCCAAGAUGGUGGAGCAGUCAGACUGGCUGCAACAGAUGUCCUCACUAAUGCAGUUGUCUGGUGCCGUGGUUGACCUGAUCGAUUUGCAGGAGAGCAGCGUGAUGCUAUCUCUGGAAGAUGGCUCCGAUGUGACCGCCCAGCUCAGUUCAAUAGCCCAGCUGUGCUUGGAUCCCUACUACCGAAGUCUGGACGGUUUUCGUGUGCUGGUUGAAAAGGAGUGGUUGGCUUUUGGUCACCGCUUUGCGCAUCGCAGUAACCUCAAGCCGUCGCAUGCAAACACAAAUAUUGCGUUUGCACCCACCUUUCUGCAGUUCCUCGAUGUAGUACAUCAACUGCAACGCCAGUUUCCCAUGGCCUUCGAAUUUAACGAUUUCUAUUUGAGAUUCCUGGCAUAUCACUCAGUAUCGUGUCGGUUCCGCACCUUCCUUUUUGACUGCGAACUUGAGCGAUCGGAUUCGGGUAUUGCUGCGAUGGAGGACAAACGAGGGUCGCUUAAUGCAAAGCAUAUGUUUGGAGCCGGUGGUAUGGCGACCAAUGGAUCAGACGACGAGUGCAGCGUGUACCCUCUGGAUAUCAGGAGUCAAAGGGCAUCCGCUCCCCUGAAUCGCAUUGGUCACUCUAUCUUCGAUUAUAUCGAAAGGCAACAUAACAAGACGCCCAUAUUUUAUAAUUUCCUGUACUCGGGCGAUAAAAGUGGGACACUGCGACCGCAAAAUAAUGUGGCUGCUUUGGAUCUGUGGUGUUAUUAUACCAACGAAGAGCUCGCGCAGGGAGCGCCGUACGAUUUAGAAGUGACCACUGUGGACGACGAAAUCGAUCUGUCUGAGACGAAGGGAAAACGCAUGGUCAUUACCGCCGGAUACGACAACAUGGAGAAGUGUAAUCCCAAUGCCUACGUUUGCCUGCUAAGCGAGGUGAAGCAAGCGGAGACAGAGCGAGGCCACCUUCCCCAAAAGUGGCUGCAGGUGUGGAAUAGCUUGGAAGUGCCCCAACUGGAGCCAGUUGCUCGGAAUACAUCGCUGGGAAACAUCUUCGUGCAGACGCAUCAGCACAAACGUUCUACACUAGAGAUCAUCAUGAAGGGUCGUCUGGCAGGUUACCAGGACAAGUACUUCCACCCGCAUCGUUUCGAGAAGCAUCCAUACACUACGCCCACCAACUGUAAUCACUGCACCAAGCUGCUCUGGGGACCGGUUGGCUACCGGUGCAUGGACUGCGGAAACUCCUAUCACGAGAAGUGCACGGAGCUCUCCAUGAAGAACUGCACAAAGUACAAGGCCAUAGAUGGAGCUGUUGGACCGCCGAAUGUGAACAUGUCGCAGGGCGACACGGCAAGCAUCGCUUCCAGCGCGGCUACAACGGCGCGCACCUCAAGCCAUCACUUUUAUAACCAGUUUAGCAGUAACGUUGCCGAAAACCGGACACAUGAGGGACAUUUGUACAAACGUGGCGCCUUGCUCAAGGGCUGGAAACAGCGAUGGUUCGUGUUGGACUCUAUUAAGCAUCAACUUCGUUACUAUGACACCUCCGAAGAUACCGCUCCGAAGGGCAUCAUUGAACUGGCUGAAGUCCAAUCUGUAACUGCCGCACAACCUGCACAAAUUGGCGCCAAGGGCGUAGAUGAAAAGGGAUUUUUUGAUCUUAAAACAUCAAAGCGCAUCUACAAUUUCUACGCAAUCAAUGCAAAUCUGGCACAGGAAUGGAUCGAAAAGUUGCAGGCAUGUUUGCAAUAGACAGACAAUGCAAAACGAAGCUUUUUUCACACCCUGAAAUUCGUUAAAUUUCCUUUCUGUUUUGUUCGGCGAUCUGAAGUUUUGUUAUAGGAUAAAUCAGUAUGUUUCCAGUUCUACGUAUUAAUAUUUUGAAUCUGUGGCGCUGCCAUCAUAUCAUAGCUAAACUAUCACUUUAGAAUUCCCUUAGUUGAUUUGAGAAAUCGCUCGCACCCAUUAACAUAAAUGUUAGCAACAAUUAUGCCAAGCAACAAGCGAAUCUUUAGUUAAACAAUGAAAUCCAUUUGUAAAUGUGAAUGUAAAGAAACUAUAAAAUUAUGUGAUUAUAUAAACAAACAAAAAUCAGACUAUGAUAAAUUAACGAUAAAAUGGAAAAGCCACGCCCGCAAGUUUUUUGAUAUAAUUUUUUAUAUAUAUACAUAUAUCCUUAUGCCUAAACUAUAUAAGUUUAUAGUGAAUUUACCAAAGAAUAUUCCACCUUUGUUGCGCAAUUGAAAUGCAUUUCUUGAUUGCUUCCUUUAAACUAAACCCUAUUAUUAAACGCUUUCCUUUAUUUAUACACUACAUGGUAAUCAAUAUAUAAUACAUACUUUAAUGCAAUUAUUUGUGGCUUACAAACGAUAAUAUACAUUUUUAAACAAA